UCAACAAUGGCUCUUUAUUCCACGGGCAUCAGGUCAUUACAAACAUGAAAGAAAUUAAGGUUAAUCAUCGAAGUCAUAGUAUUACAUCUGUAGUUUACAUCUGGUUGAGACAAUUCUUUGCCUGUCUGAUCCUUCUACCCAGAGGCCUCCUUCUAUUAAGGACACUCUUCAUCCAGGGGUUCUGUUCAAAUGCUCCUCUGCCCUACUUGGCAUCAUCCCUCACCAUUACCAGUUGCUGCUGGAGGUCCUGGUACAACUGCUCCAGCUGCCCUACUCAGUGCCUUAUCUGAACAUUGCCAUUUAGUGGUGGAGGUUGUGUUAAAUUGGAUGGAUGUCAAUUUUGAAGCUGUACUGAAAGAGCUUGCCGAGAGGGUACAGCUAGUUCUAUACCACAAUUAUUCAGAACUACUGCUGGGAUAUUGUCAGGGCUCAUCGCGUUUGUAGUAUCCAAUGCCUUCAGUCAUUUCUUGAAACAGAGUGAACUGAGUUAGCUGAAGACGAGCAUCUGUGAUAUUGGGGACCACUCAGGAAGCUGAGAUGGAUCACCCGUUUGUUAUUUUAAAGAUAACAUUCCAAAUUAAAAUGUGGGAUUAAAGUUAGAGUUCAUAGGUUCAAACAAGUAAUUUAACUGCCGGUAGCGGGGAAAAUCUUUAGAAAGGAGUGCUCAGCGUAUGCAAUUUUCUAUUUUUCUGUGCAUCAGGCUUCCAACUAAAGUAGUAAAGACCGAAUCAAUGCAUGAACACCGUCAAGACUGGUGGGGUUGGAAUCUCCUUGGAGAUAAGUUAAAAUAGAGUGGGCAUUCUUCCUUCCGCGCAACGACCUGUAGUCGCGGUGAGUGAAUGAAUGAAUGAAUGAAUCAAUCAGCUGAGCGAUCUGUUCCCUUUCCAUCCAGCUCUCGCGAUAUGAUGAACGGCGGCUGUUCCGCGCGCUGAUUGGACGGUGACCGCAAAGCGGCGAGGCCUUGGCCGUGGUUUCGGUGAGGCAUUGUCCCGUCCCUGAGUGAGACAGAGAAAGGUUGAUGGAGUGUUAAAGUGCAGCUGUCCGUGCUUCCAGUCACGUUUACUCUGCCUUUUUAUGUUAUUAUUCUCCUGAUCUUGAGACUGAUCCUCUGGCGCUCGCUUGAAUUUACAGAUCUGCAGCUGGACGGCCUGGCCUGCUGCAGCCCAGUCUAGGGUGAGGGUAAACAACUGCUGCGGGGGAAGAGAUUCCUGAUCUGGUCAAAAACUUUCAGUUAAGUCGGUGGAGCCCCCUAAGGCACAGUGCCGAAUUUUAAUGUGUUUUGGAAGAUGGGAUGCAACCCUGCAUUCGUUGAACAGCUGCCAAAGAUAUGCUACAACAUAGCUGGUUGAAAGAGGAAAUAAUGCUGGAGACACGGCUGUAGGCUGAUGCAAUAUUAGAGUAAUUGCUUCUUCGAAUGGGUGUCAGUAAAUUGGACGUUCUGUAUAGACGAUUCCUCCUUUCAAAACUUUUCAUUCAAGGAUGGGGAAAGCCGGAUGAUCUCAGAAGGUUGUUUGAAUUUAGGAAAACAAUAGGAAAUCGAGAAAAAUGUCAACAGUUGGUCCCUAAAGACUACCCCAUAUUCAUUGACAAGAUCGAGGAACAGGCUGAUUGUCAGAUCAUGGAUGGGCACUUUGUAUCCCCACUAGACCAUUAUCUACCAGGGAUAAUGCCAGCUGAAUCGGUCAAAGCUAGGUUUCAGUUCAUAGUUCCGAAAGAAUGGAAGAAUAAAUACCGACCUGUAUGUGUCCAUCUAGCUGGCACUGGAGAUCAUUUUUACUGGCGAAGACGUACAUUGAUGGCUCGUCCGAUGAUAAAGGAAGCAUGCAUGGGAUCACUUCUACUGGAGAAUCCUUAUUAUGGCUAUAGAAAACCUAAAGAUCAAAUGAGGUCAAGUUUAAGGAAUGUCUCUGAUCUGUUUGUAAUGGGAGGAGCUCUAGUCCUGGAGUCUGCAGCUCUUCUUCAUUGGUUGGAGAGAGGGGGUUAUGGACCUCUAGGAAUGACAGGGAUAUCAAUGGGAGGUCAUAUGGCAUCGUUGGCUGCAAGUAACUGGCCCAAACCCAUACCACUGGUACCUUGUCUGUCUUGGUCUACGGCCUCCGGUGUUUUUACUACGGGUGUUUUAAGUAAAGCUGUGAAUUGGAGAGAGCUGGAAAAGCAGUAUGCCACAGAAACUGUUUAUGAAGAAGAAAUUAUCAGACUGCUAGAGUACUGUGGAGCAGAUUCCUUUAAAAUGGGCCAGGAUUUUGUGAAGAACUCCUCGUCCGGUUUUGAAAACUUGGAUCACCGUGAUCUUCCCGCAGGCAUGUUAGAUUUAAAUGUCAAGAGAGAAAUGAUGAGGACUGCAACAGUUACUCGGUUCAGCACAGACACGGCUGCCUUAAAUACCUCUACACAAGGAAUUCUACUUCAAGGUACAUCAAACACUGGUUGCCUACGUCACCAAGUGUCGUCAACAAAUAUUAGCAAGUGUUCAUCCACUGUAAAACAUGAACUGUUAAAGAGGGAAAAAAGGAAGGCCUCCCUAGCACGAGAAUCUAUACUCUUCAUGAAAGGAGUUAUGGAUGAAUGUACACACAUUGGAAAUUUCUCAGAGCAACAAAGUUCAACCAAAAUAAUCAAGGCAAGCAAACCCAAAGCAAAGAAAACUGGAAAGGCAAGUGAUUUCAGUGACAUCACAAACUGGCCUACUCCGGGAGAAAUUGCUAAUAAGGAGCACCAUAACAUCAUGAAUCAACCAAACAAAAAGCCUCUGAAUAAAAAUAAGAAGAAAGACAAAUCUGAAAAGAAAGACAACAGUGAAAGUAAAGAAAACAGAGAAGUGCAGAAAAACGAAGAAGAAAAGUCAACAAUCGAAGAUGAAUCCCAGGGAUCUUCACAAAAAGGGAAGAAAGCGAACAAGCACAAAUGGGUUCCUUUACAACUAGAUGAAGUGAAACAAGAUGGACAAGAAAGGCCUAGCUCACGUAACAGUUCAAGAUCUCAGGCAGAUACAACACGAUCGAUGCAAAACAACAAAAGAAAUGAUUAUUCAAGAAGUUGGCGCCGAGAUGACAAGCGCGAUAGAGACAGAAGGGAUGAUGCUGAUGAAGUUGGCAGUGUUAGAAGUGAAGGUGGUGGUGUACGAGGCAGUUUCAGAGGCAGAGGCAGAGGUCGAGGUCGAGGUCGAGGGCGUGGCAGGGGAAACUCACGUGUGAAUUACGACUAUCCGUAUGGGUAUAAGCAAUCGUAUGAUACCUCUGACCAAUAUAUACCAGAAUACAACACUAACAUGAUGUACUAUUAUGAUGAUGGAAGUGGAGCCCAGAUGUACACAGUGGAUGAAACCUUGCUGAAGGAGUACAUUAAACGACAAAUUGAAUACUACUUCAGUACAGAAAACCUGGAAAGAGAUUUUUUCCUACGGAGGAAGAUGGAUGAACAAGGUUUCCUACCCAUUUCCCUGAUAGCCAGUUUCCACCGGGUACAAGCUCUAACUACAGAUGUAAAUCUCAUUUUGGAGGCUUUAAAAGGGAGUACAGAGGUGCAAAUUGUGGACCAGAAAAUGAGGAAAAAAGAGAGUCCUGAAAAAUGGCCUAUUCCAGGCCCACCUGUUUCUGACAUUCCAAGAACUGACUUUUCCCGUUUAAUUAACUGCCCAGAAUUUGUACCUGGACAGAUGUAUGGCUCUCAAACUGAAUCUGCUCCUAGCUCCCCAAGGGUAGGAAGUCCUGUUGAUGCAAAGAAAAAUGCUGAAGCCAACAACCUUCAGACAGUAUCUAAGGGACUUUCGACAAGUUUGCCUGAUCUGGAAUCUGAUUCUUGGAUAGAAGUGAAGAAAAGACAUCGUCCAUCACAACUGAAUCCGAAGGAACAUGAGUCACUCAAACCUCAAGUGCUCAAACAGGAACAAGAGGAGCAGGAGGAAUUGGAUUUCAUGUUUGAUGAAGAAAUGGAGCAGAUAGAAGGACGCAAGAAUACUUUCACAGAUUGGUCAGAUGAUGAUUCAGAUUAUGAAAUUGAUGAUCGUGAUGUGAACAAGAUCUUGAUUGUGACUCAGACUCCUCCUCACCUGCGCAAACACCCGGGUGGUGACCGUACAGGGAAUCAUGUUUCCCGAGCAAAAAUUUCAACAGAGCUUGCAAAGGCUAUCAAUGAUGGUUUAUAUUACUAUGAGCAAGACCUUUGGAUGGAAGAAAAUGGGCCAGAAUAUUCAACAAUAAAGUUUAGAAUAUUUGACUUUUUUUUUCCACUUUGGUGUUUGUUUUUUUUUAACAGGUAUGGGUUGGAGUGCCUGUUUAGAUUUUACAGUUAUGGACUAGAAAGAAGAUUUCGACAUGAUAUAUUCAAGGACUUCCAAGAAGAAACUGUAAAAGACUAUGAAGCAGGCCAACUGUACGGAUUAGAAAAAUUCUGGGCUUUUCUCAAGUACACUCAAACAAAGAAUUUACCAGUUGAUCCCAAACUGCAAGAAUACCUUAGUAAGUUCAAACGACUUGAAGACUUCAGAGUUGAUCCCCCGUUUGGUGAUGAGGUUGGUAGAAAGAGACGUUCUUCUGGAGCUGAUGACAGUAGUCGCAGAAGACAUCAAUCAAACACCUCUUCUAGUAAACCAGUAAAUGCUGCUAAGCCCUCCCUCACCAAUAAGCCUCAGGUUUCAACAAACCCUUCCAAAUGGGAUGCAUCAUCUGGGAAAUCUGAGGACAAUAGGAGCCAGAAUACUGUUGCCAUGACUACCACUGAACCUGAAACCCCUGAGAAAUAGACUUUCUGCAUCACUUCUCCUUGCUUAUACAAAUCGCAUCAGUAUUUUAAGCUCAAGGACCUUGUCCAGUUUUUUAGACUCAGCCUCAAUGAAAGAAAAAAAACUUGAAAAUAUUCAUAUUACUUUCAGUUUUGGGGUGGGGUAAAACUAAGUCCAAGUUUUGAGCUUUCAGCCAGCUGUUUUGGAGAAGGGGAAUUUAGAAUCUAAUCAAUUUGUCACACCCCUCAUUUUGAUUUUCAAGAUUACCUUGAACUACUGUUUACAGAAACGCAUUCCUGCACAAUAUGCAAAAAUUACACAUUUGAAUUUGGGAUGCCUUACAUUUCAAUGAGGAUUCUCAUACUUCUUAAAGAAGAAAAAUUAUUUUUUAGUCCAUUACCAUAGUGCUUUUGCAGCCAGUUCCUCCUAUUGUUAUUAAUUAUAUAUGUCUUUAUCAGAGUACAUAAAUUUAUUUCUGGGAAGUGUACAAUUGAAAUUGCUUGGGUAGGGAGAAUAAAAUCUGGAAGGAAAAUCUACUACAUCCAAGAUGGUAUAACCAGGGUUGCAACGUAAUUCAAUGAAUAAUUUAACUAAUUAACAGUGUGUUGAAAAUGGUUGUGCAUCAUCCUGGAUGCAGUGUGUUUUAGGUUUAAAGCAGUUGGUUACAGUUAUUGACAAAUUUAGCGGAAAUUGUUACAGAAUGGCUCAGAUGGUUUGGGCUUGAAUGAAAGUAUAACUAAAGGAGAUUGUGCAGCUUUUUAAAAAAUGGUCUUCUGAAUCACUAAUAUCUUGCACUGCUUAAAUUAUCUACUGCAUCUUUUUAUGCAGAUGAAGAUAAAAUAAGAUUUUUCUCACUUCAGGAGGUACUGGAGGUUUGGUUUUAUCUCAUUUAUUUUAUGCUUAUAGUGUGCUUUCAGUGAAGCACUACAAUCGAUUUGUAAUUUUUUUAAUGCCAUUAUACUGUUGUAAAAUGUUAAUUUUUGUGGAAAAUUUACAAAAAAACUUAAGUGCUCAUUUGCUGAAGUGGUUUUGUUUAAUUUUGCUCUUAGUAAUUAUUAAGACAGUGUCAUUUAUUUUAAAUUAUACUUAGCAAGAGGGGUGGGUUGCUGGUUUGUCUUGAAGGGUUUUAUUCACAUUUGUGAAAAUUACUGGAAAAUCUUCAAAAUCAAAUGCAUUUAUUGUAUUUAAGUAUAUAGCAUCCUAAUGCAACCAGUGAAAACAAUCUAUUGGUCUUCCUAUAUGUUCAGACUUGAAUGUAAGAAAGUCUGGGCAGUAUACAUUAAUUUCUGCUGGUAAUCAGAGGGCUAGAAUGGACAGUAGCAGUGUGGAAUCCACAUAACUACCAUUAUAAAUAUGCUGCAGCUGUACAUGAUUUAAUUUGCUGAAAUAGCAUGCAUAUCAUACCUUAAUGUGUAAUCCAGGCUUAAACCCAGCUGAACGAAGCAACUGUAAAAUACUUGGAUGAAAGAUUGUAUAUACCAUUUAAAGUAAUCAGUUUAGAAUAUUUACCCUAAUUUUUUUCAUCUAAUGAAAUAAUUGUGCACAUCUAGCAUUAGCGUGUGUAAUUUGUGGCAAUCUUCUUGACUUUUAUAAAAAUGCAUAUAAAAACGUACAAAAUAUAA